AUGGCGGUACGACAGCUGAAGUGCCAUACAGAGAAAGGUUUGGAACGAUAUGGACUGGAUGUGUCCCCAGGAUCACCCGCUCUUAUGGACGGCACCCAUAAGCGCGGGGGAGCAUUCACUGCCGCGGGUAGGGUGGAUGCGUCUGAGUACCGGGCCUUUGCAGAGCAUGUGCACGUGAUGGAUGUGAAAGGUCCUCCAGCUGAGGGCUACUACAAGCGGCUGAAGGAACUCGUGCUUGAUCAGGCCAAUUCCUCUGAAGUUGAAGUCAUUCGCCUGGACCAAGUGACUUGUGACCUUUCUCCUGGUGACGGACGGUGGCGUUGGGUCACACGAGAAACGAUCCUGCACAAGUUCGAGCUAUGGUCGGCUGGUGGGGCAAACUGGGGACCAACAAUCCAGCUCUGUGGAUCAGACGUCGUGGUAGUUGGAGCGCUGCACCCAGAACACUUGCACAGGCAUCGCAUCAAUGGGAAGAGGCAUUGCAAUUCUGCCAAGUCCGCGCAAGCGUUGUGGCAAAAACGGCCUGACCUUCGAAGCCACUUUGCCAAACUCGCCCAGCAAAAUGUCCAAAAAAAUGAAGAAGCCCGGAAUGCCUUCCUUCAAGGAGUGCAAGCCCAGCCUGCAGUGAUGACCCCAUGCUCUAAUGCUGAAAAGGCAAAGCCAGAAGCCAAUGGCUUCCUUCUCAAUGGAGUGCGUUUGCAUAUAAAUACUGUGUUAGGGCAAGGCACCUAUGGUGCGGUAUGGAAGUGUACACUUGAUGGGUUGGCUUUGGAGUUUGCUUUGAAGUUAUACAAAUGCAAUCAAGCAGGGUAUGCUUUGGUCGAGGCUGGCAAGGAGUUUCAAUUUUUUCGGGACCUGCGCGGCUCUCCAUUUGUAUUGGAUUGCUACGGAGCUGUCGCCAAUAGCAAUGGGAACACUGGCUUGCUUCUUCCAUUGGCAUCAAUGUCUUUGGCGAAUCUCCUUCAGAAAAAAGAUCACCCAACACCAGCUAUCCCAACUAUUACCCAGUUGCUGUGUGGCCUAGUUCAUUUGUGUGAGCGAGAAGUUCUGCAUUGUGAUUUGAAGCCAUCCAAUAUAUUGGCUAUGCCUGAUGGCCGCUUCGUGAUCACUGACUUUGGCUUGGCCAAGCGGCUCCAUGGUGGGCGUGUGACAACCCAUGGGAAUUUUUGUUACAGUAUGCCUUACCGGCCUGUGGAGGCAUUAGCUGCUGGAAAAGACCAGGUCAUCCUGUCAGAUUGCGCAGAUGUCUGGAUCUGGGCAAAGGAGUACGAGAACUUGGGCUUUGGUUUCCUUCUCUGGCGGUUUGGCUUGAUGAUUUGCCGGAUGCCUCCUUCGCUGAGCAGCAGGCUGCUUCCUGGACCAGAUGCUCCACAGCAACGUGUGAAGGCGUUUGCGGCAGAAGUUGACAGCGCUGCCUUGCCCUUGUUGCGUCUGUCUGCAUAG